CAUAUCUCCGUUGUUUAUUAGCGAAAAUAAAGCUGAGUUGUGUCGCCGUGAGCCCCUGGGCGUGAUACGUUCAAAACCGGUCUAAAAAAAUAUAUAUGACCUCACACUCGACCAAAUAAAACUAACCAAAAUCGUCCAAAAUCUCCACGGAAUCGUGAUUUUCUCGCCAACAAAAAAAAACAAAAAAAAUCUGCUCCAUCCAAACGAUCCGCCGGAAACAGAGCUUUCUUACGAUAUAAAGUAUGUCACUAGGGGGUACGUCAGUCACUCAAAACAAUUCCCAAGGUGAUUUCAGGAGAUGGUGGCAAAAUUUAACCGGACGGACUCUACCCUAUACUUUUGUUUUGUUUCCCCGCGGCGUCGUUUUUUUUUUUUUGUCUUCACUUACAAUCAGCGCUCACAGCUCCAACCCGUUAUCACACAGAAGAGCCCCUCUCUACCCUCCCCUCCUGCGGUACUUUGCCUUCGAUUUUUAAUGCGAGAAGAGUUCAGCACUCUCUUCCCUCUGUGUACACACGAACUAGCGCUAUCCACUCGGCCAGGAGCGGAAGCGAGAGGAAAACUCACUUUGCAAGAAAAGCUCGCUUACGCCGGGAUUCGAACCCCUCUAGAAGAUUUCGAGGUUACCAACUAG